GUAUAUAAUAUUCGCACCACAAGUAUAAAAGAAUGAGUUGUGUUAUCGGUUGUAGUACGUCGGUCCACAAUGCACUGCACUGUCGCAUCAAUUACUCUUGUUUUUAUAGUUAUAACAGCAGUAUAUGGAGAGUUCUGCAUCACAGAAUGUGAGGUUCCAGUGAAUAUCGACUCAGGACCAGUGUGCGGGAGAGAAGAAACUGCAGAGAACAAUACGAAAUACUACAGCUUUCAAGGUAUUCCGUAUGCGAAACCACCGGUAGGAUCCAAGAGAUUUGCGGAACUAGAACCUAUUGAGUCGUGGAGUGAUCCAUUUUAUGCUUACGAGGAAGGACCGGCUUGUCCAUCAAGAGACCUUGUCUACGGCAGCAUCACCGUGAAACCUAAAGGCAUGAGUGAAGACUGUAUCUAUGUUAACGUCUUUGUACCGGCCACUGCAUGUUUGGACUGUGAUUGUCUUAAGGACGACCUACUGCCUAUACUGGUGAACAUUCACGGAGGUACAUUCAAUACUGGGUCUGGAAAUAGAGAUUUGCAUGGACCAGAAUUAUUAAUGGUGAAAAAUGUCAUUGUAAUUAAUUUUAACUUCAGGUUGGCAGUAUUUGGAUACUUGUCUCUUGCCUCUGGCAAGAUCCCAGGUAACAACAGUCUGCGCGACAUGGUCACACUGUUACAGUGGGUUCAGAGAAACGCGCGCGCCUUUGGAGGGGAUCCUAGACGAGUGACAUUGCUUGGAGAAAGUUCUGGAGCAGCAUCGGUUCACCUUUUAAUGUUAUCCCAAGCCGCUAGAGGACUUUUCGAGAAAGGUAUAAUAAUGAGUGGCUCCGCUAUGGCAAAUUUCUACACUGCAUCUCCAAUAUACGCUAAAAUGAUCGCCGAAAUGUUCCUCCAAGAACUGGGUUUGAAUUGUACUGAUCCUGAUGAAAUUCAUAAGACACUGACUGAACUACCUUUAGAAGAUAUAAUGAGAGCCAAUGAUGUUGUGCAAUAUAAAACAGGUCCCACCUCGUUCGCACCGGUCGUUGAGAUAGAGGAUCACGAAUAUACCAGAAUUAUUGACGAUGACCCCAUAGCUCUCAUCGCACAAGGUCGAGCAAAAGAUAUUCCACUACUAAUGGGUUUCAAUCGCGAUGAAGGAGAAUUUGCCAAAUGGAUUAUAAUGAUUUUGGAUGUUGUGAAUCGUUAUAAAAGUAAUCCUGCAAUCAUAUUAGGACUAAGACUAGCGUACGCAUUGCCUUCUGAGGAAGCUUUCGCGAAAGGAAGGUUUGUGGGAAAAAGAUAUUUUGAUGGUGAACCCACAUUGGAUGGGUUAGCAAAAAGUAUGACGGAUAUUCUAUUUCAAUAUUCUAUGAUAAAACUGGCACAAUGGAGAGUAUUGUUGAGAUCAGCGCCGACGUAUUUCUACCUAUUUUCGUAUGAGAGUGAUUUUAGCAGUGUAAAGAGAGCCAACUGGUUAAGUUACAAAGGAACGGCCCACGUCGAGGAUCUGACGUACGUGUUUCGCACCACUACAUUUCUUCGCGAUCACGUGUCGAUUCCUCCUCAGACUAGGGAUGAUCACAUGAGGGAUUGGAUGUCCACUUUGUUCAGUAACUACGUAAAAUGCAAUAACCCGACAUGCACUGAGCUCGAUGAUCCUCGGUGGCCCCCCACCGAUAUGAAAGAGUUGAUGUAUCAAGUCAUUCGAGAGCCUCAUGUUUACAAUAUGUCCACUCUAUCCGACGAGUUGAUGGAAAUGGUGGAGUUUGUCGACAGCGUCGACGACCAAGUCAGGACGCAAACAGAGAUCCUUCAGGAGCAAUACAAAGAAACAGUAUAAUUAUUUUGUUAAGGCAACGGCGUGGUUCUGUCUAAUAUACUUUGGCAUUGCAGAUGUCCAUGAACGACGGCGACCAGGCCUCAUUAGAUGGACCGUAUAUGCUAAUUUGUAUUUGAAAGCUAUAAAAAUAUUAUAGAAAAUAUAAUAGUUCAAUAUUUUGAUUCGAAGAAUGCUGGUGUUCCGCUCCGGACGGUGUGCAGUUAAGGCUUUGUCAAACAGAACGCGUAAUUACCACGCGUCAGAGCGCUACGCUAUGACGCGGAGAUGUGUUGUACUACUAUGGUAACAUACCGUAGUAGUACAACAAAUCUCGGCGUUAUAGCGCGGCGUUAGUUUAGCGCUCUGUCGCGCGCUAAUUACGCGUUCUGUUUGACGAAGCCUUUAGAUACUUAUUUUUAAGUAGUGUUUGCUGCGUAGUUAUUUAUAACCAGUAACAAUCAUCAAAAUUAGAGAAAAAAUAAGUUCCCCUUUGCCCAAAUCAGCGUGAAAUGCUUAAUUGUAUUUGUUUUAUAUAUUUAUAAUAACUAAUUUCAGGAAAGGACUGUCUGACUUCAUUGUUUAGGAAUUAAAAUAAAGAACGCCUAUUAAAUAAUUCUUAGCAAAUUUGUUGUUUUAUAACAUUGAUCAGACAUUGAUAUAUAAAAACCCAAGAUGCACAGUCUCAUACAAAAGUAGCACUCGAAACUGUCCCCAAACACACCAAUUAUAUCUACAUAGUUAUACUUAUACUAUAAACAUGUAUUUUGCAAAUUCAACCUUACGCGCAUUAGUUAAAGUUGUUGUUACAAAACAGUGUACAAUAACCAAUCAAAUGGAAAUGCCCACUCUCCAUAGUGUGCUGGGCCCAAGAUGGACAUCAAAUAUUAUUAUAAAAAUGGAGUAUUUCAAAUUCUUAAAUGUAUUGGAUAUCUCAAAAAUAUAUUGAAACUCACACCACUAUUAUAAAAAUAUAAUAAAAACUUUUCUCGAAGAGCGAAGGAUUUUAAUUUUUUGAUGUACAACACGUGCAUGUACGACCAGAAUUUUAUUGUAACUGUAACUGUCUGUACUUAUUAGUGUGUUCCCAAAUUUAAAAACGAUCAUAUAAAAUUUUAUGUUUAAGAUUGCCCUAAACAUAUACCGCGUAACAUUAAUCAACCUCGACUGGCUGUGAAAAAGCUAAUAAAAAACGUCAUCGAGGUCAAGAUCAUCAAGGGAAAAUACAAAGAACAGGAUGUCUUGAUCCCGUGUAUACCGAUGAUUCCAACAGAUUUGGUAUUAGAUUUUAAGCGUCUACAGUUUCCCGUGUGGCUGGCCUUUACGAUGAUCAUAAAUAAAUCGCAAGACCAGCCGUUGCAGGUUUUACGGAAUCAACUAGGAGUUUCUCUGUUUCGCCUAUGUGUAAUUAUACAUACGUGGCGUGUCGCGUUCGCAAGUCGGAGAACCACAACCAUCUUUAUAAAUUUACGCAAAAAAUAUAUAUAGAGCAUCAGAAAACUAUAAAUUGAUUAAGUGUAUAGCUGUGUUGCAUUUAAUAAUGUAGAUAAAAAAAUUAUUUUAAGUUUUGACCACAUUCUAUACAAAAUAUAUGUAGAUGAUACGAUGUUCACCGGAUCAUCUAGUAUAAAUUAUAUUUAAAAAACACCCAGACUGUGUUUCUGUAAAACGUAAGUUAUACAUUGCAGACGUACCUAACACUCGUUUCAUCACAUGUGCGAUUAAUUCAAAACAAAUGUGGACUGCUUCAACUUCCUUAUUUGUUAUAUAUACAAGUGGCAUUGGCAACGUGACCAAAUUCUUCAGUCUUUUUAGUUCGGCAGACAGAUUAUUUUCUCGCCGCUUUUCAAGUAAAAUUUCGACGGGAAUAGGACUCCCACAUGCCCGACCCAGAAACCAACGUGUGAGUUGAUGAUCCGCGCUAUUCAACCAUUCGGACCAGAAAGCUUUUCAUCGAUUUUAGGCAAGGAAGGCAGAGGCAGUUACUGUUACUAGAGGUCCCGUAGUAGUCGAAAUUCGACUAUAAUUAAUUGGAAUUGUAAGUUUGUACACUAUUAUGAUUGUAUUUUAUACUUCUAUAAUUACAAAUUUCGCCAAGACUACAAUAUAAAAAAUAUUAACAAAGACAAACAAUAUUUAAUUACUUAUAAUCUAUUCUCAAUUUGACAACAGACGUCAAGAACAAAAGUUUGACAAUAAAUAGUAUGCAUGCGAGUGUGCGUCAAAUACACGGUAUGUAGUGUAUGUAAUGUUUUCUUUGUUGAUUUAAUGUAUCUUUUAUGAAUUAUUUAAAAAAAUAUUAGCAUUGAGCACUUCUUCUCUAUAUUCUCUAUAAGUGUGGAAAAUUUCAUACUCCUCCGUCCGCGCAAUUUUCGUAAAAAGGGAUACAAAGUUUUUGCUUCACGUAUUUAUAGAUUCAUGAAUACCGACAGUACCUGAGCGAAUGUAAAAUUAAUGCCUCCUGCUGCAAUACAAAAGUCGUUUUACGAACGUCAUGUCGAUACAUUGAAAUAUCGAAUAACCGAGAAUCUUAGAAGCGUAGAACGCACGACAGCGCAGAAAUGACAGAAUAAUCUCAAACAAUUCCUCAGCGCUUCCAAUGAAACAUGGUAAAAGAUACAGAGAGAACCUAGACCCAGAGGUUGCAAGCGUUGCAUGAAUUAGAGAUUUUUAACAACUAGAGUAGCUCUCUUUUGUAAGGAGUCAAAAGGAGUCAAGGAAGUAGCUAGUAUUUUGAGAGCUUUGGCAGAGUUGCGAGAAGGACUCCACGAACAGAUGCGACUUGUGUUUUGUACAGUAUAAGCCAUGGUUCAGGCGUGACGUACUACUUUACUUGAUUCAAGACUCCUAAGGUUUUAUAAGAGGGCUUGGUGUUACCUACCAUAUGACUCUAUUGCCGUGAAACGGUCGAAAUAUCGAUUCCAAAAAUCACAAUAAUAAUAAUAAAAAAAAAAAAUUGAAAUAAUAUAUAACAAUGGACACGAAGUUCUUCCUGAUACGUGUGCUUAUGAUCUUCAUUUUGCUGAUGAAAUAUUUAAUAUAAUUAUAAUCGAUAAACGCUCUUACCAACACUAUAUACUGCGUUUACACACCAAUAAAUAAAAUGUAAUGUUUAACCGGAGGGUUGAGAGAGUUAAUAAUCUGCAUUGUCUUAAUGAGCCGCUCAUAACUAAGCUUCAGUACUUAAUUCGACAUUAAGACUUGUUAUAACAAUAAUAACUAUAACAAGUCUUAAUUAACGAUUAUAGCGUGUUCUGUAUAUUUUAUGAAUCACUGAAUUUUUGUGGUAUGAAAAUUAUUUUAUUUAUAUUGACAAACCUAUAUCACGAUAAUGAAUUGUCUGACCCAGGGCAAAAGCAUUUUGUUUCUUGCGGCUAAAUCGACACACCAGAAAGCAGCAGUGUUUUUUUCACGUGUAAUAAUAAUACUCAGUGUAAAAAAUUCAUAUUUAAAAAAAAUCUAAUAUUAAAAAAUAAAUAAAUAAUAAUUUUAUGUGUAAAAAAAAAGACAUACCCGCUGAGUUUCUUGCCAAUUCUUCUCAGGACGGAGGCUAGUUCUUGUGAAUUGGCGGUAGUUCUUUUGACGUUCAACAAGUAUGUACUUUCAUUUAUGUUGAAUAAAAUUUUUUUGAUUUGA